AUUCUCACGACUUACAGUGAAAUGGACAUGGACGACAUGGACGAAACCCAAGACUUGCAGUGGUUACUAUCGGAGCACCGCCGUGAACUCGCCGCCGCGGAAGCCAUGGAAACCGAUCUCGACUUCGCAUACCGUAUCCAGUUACAAGAAGCCCUCGCCGCCUCCGUCGCCGCCCUCCCCUCUUCCUCCUCCUCCACCGCCAUCAUCCCGGAAGAGCCCGCCUUCGACGACGCCGUUCUCAACGCCACGUCAUUACAGUUAGAGGAGCUAGCGAGGAUGGAGCAGGAGAUGAAGGACCGGGAGCAGAGCAAGGCGGAGAUGCAGAACGCCAGGGAAGACCUCGUCCGUCGGAUUCACGACCAGAAGAUGGCGUCGGAGAUUCUCGCGAUCCCUGAGAGAGAUUGGGAGGAGUGGGGUGACAAUUACGAGAAGGCGUUCGGCGAGGGUUGCUCCUCCGGGGACCCUGGUGCGGUGUUUAGGGUUUAUUUCAAGGGUUUGGUGAGUGAAGAUUUUGUGAAUGGUGAGAGUGAGAGAGUGGUUUUGGGUGGGAUUGGUAUUGCGAUUUGUGAUGAGGCUGAUAAUGUGUUGCUGGAAGUUUCUAAGCCCCUUCUUGGUACUGAAACCAGUAAGAAAAUUGCAGAGGCUAAGGCUCUGAUUGAAGCCUUCAAUGCUGCCAUUUUCUUGGACCUGAAGCGUGUUGUUUACUAUUGUGAUUACCCCCCUCUCUUGCAACAUUUAAGUGGAAAGUGGCCUGUGAAUCAGCAGAAGCUUGCUAGACUAGUUAAUGAAGUGUAUCUUCUUCAAAGAAAAUUUACAUACUGCAAUCCAAGGCUUGUGGCGAGACAUGAUCUCAAGUAUGCAUUUAAGCUGGCAAGAGAUGCAAUUGUUUCUCAGUCCACAAGGUCUGCAGAAGCUGGCAGUAGUACAAAGAGUCUGAAAGAAACUUGUGUCAUUUGUUUGGAGGAUACUGAUAUCAAUCAAUUUUUUUCUGUUGAUGGAUGUCAACACCGGUAUUGCUUUUCUUGUGUGAAACAACAUGUGGAGGUGAAGCUGCUCCAGGGAAUGGUGCCAAAAUGCCCUCAUGAGGGGUGCAAAAAUGAGCUUCUAGCUGAAAGCUGCCGGAAAUUCUUGCCUCAUAAACUGAUUGAGACCAUGCAGCAACGAAAAGUAGAAGCUUCAAUUCCCGUUACUGAGAAAAUCUACUGUCCUUAUCCAAGAUGCUCUGCAUUAAUGUCAAAAACUGAGGUUUUAGAGUACUCCAAAAAUGUUAUUGGUGCUCAAAAGCAAUGUAUAAAAUGUCGUGGUUUUUUCUGUUUCAUCUGCAAGGUCCCUUGGCAUAAUGGUAUGACAUGUCAUGCUUAUAAAAAGUUGAAUCCUAACCCUCCAGCUGAAGACCUGAAGCUGAAGUCUCUGGCAACAAGGAGUCUUUGGCGGCAGUGUGUGAAGUGUAACCAUAUGAUUGAACUUGCUGAAGGUUGCUAUCACAUGACUUGCAGAUGCGGUUAUGAAUUUUGCUAUCAGUGCGGAGCUGGGUGGAAGGACAAAAAAGCAACAUGUUCUUGUCCACUUUGGGCCGAGGAAUAUUUGGUUAGAGGGACAUGAGAGGGAGGAGGAAGAUGAAGAAGAUGAUGAUGACUUUUAUUAAGUAACUGACCACCUGAUCUGAUUCACCUACUGUCUGGAAUCUGUUUUUUGAUGCUACUACUGUCUGGAAUCUGGAUUUACUACUAGUAAAUAUUCACAUAUUGAUAAGCAAAAUGUGAUUGUUUUUUGUUUUCUUUCC